AUGGCGGCCAACUAUUGGGCGUCGACCCAGCGUCGACAUUGGCUGUUUACAAGAGAGAAAUUGGCGGAGAUUCGGGAAAUGUUUCGAGAAAGCGAUAAAGUUGCUCAUUCUCAGUUCCCUCUACCAGACCAGAGACUACUCAAUAUCUAUUUCAGUCAGCAACUUAUAAAACUUGGAAAGCGAAUGUCAACUAGGCAGCAAGCUCUUGCGACUGCUCAGGUGUAUAUCAAGCGAUUCUAUACGAAGAAUGAGAUCAGGCAUACAAACCCGUAUCUUGUUCUCACGACUGCCUUCUAUCUCGCCUGCAAAAUGGAAGAGUGUCCGCAACAUAUCCGUUUUGUUGUCGGUGAAGCCCGGAGCCUCUGGCCAGAGUUCAUUACUCCGGAUGUUUCCAAACUAGGCGAAUGUGAAUUCUCCCUGAUAUCAGAGAUGAACUCGCAACUCAUUGUGCACCAUCCAUAUCGAACAUUAUCAGAGCUUCAACCCGAACUGUCACUCACGUCGGAUGAGGUUGCUCUCGCAUGGUCUGUGGUCAAUGAUCAUUACUUGACGGACCUACCUCUCCUAUACGCGCCUCAUGUCAUUGCGGUCAUGGCGAUUAUUGUCGCAGUUGUCUUCAAGCCAAGUUCGGGAAAUUUUCACGGGUCUGCGGCGCCCGUCCUCGCCGGCGCAAUGAGGGAUGGUGGAAUGAAUGUGCUGGCUGCUUUAGGAGACCGGACUGGUUCCGGGCCUCCUCCCAAAAUUCAGAAACUCAUCAGCUGGCUUGCUGAGAGUGAAGUCGACAUCAGAGGAGUCAUAGAAUGCACCCAGGAAUUGGUGUCUCUGUAUGAAGUUUGGGAGCAGUACAGCGAGAAGACUUGCAAGGAACUACUCGGGCGGAUGGUCAAAACCAAAAAUCUGGACAAAUGA